AUGGACCGCCAUGUUCAUGAGAUCGAGUUGGAGUGCCAGGAGGCAUGUAGCCGUUUGCGCUGCUCUUUGGAGACUGUAAAUCGGCAUACAGGAGAGGAAGCUCCAGUUUUGGAGCGUUUGGUGGCCGACUGUCGGCGCGACGCGCAUCUGUUUUUGGAGAAGCUGCGGCAUCUGGAGCUGGAAGCCCGCUUUGAAUCCCCUGCAAACGCUGUUGACCCUUCGCCGCCGUACAGUCUUGUGCAACUGCGUCAAGAACUGCGAACACUGUCUGCUGAAGUCGAUGCCGCAGAGAGGCGGCUUCUGAUUGCCAAUGGGGGUGCACGACGAGAAGGUUUGCUGGGGAGCGAAGCGAAGAUGAGUGAAGGCUGCAAGCAGCUGGAGGUGAGUGGACUGAUGAAGACACACGGACAAAGACACAAGUAG